GGCUCAGCUGCUUGUGAGGCUGCGGCUGUUGUGACUUGGUUUUGCUAAUUGAAGUAACCGGAGAGACGUGAUUAUGGCGUUUCGGGCCUACAACAAGUUACUGCUGUCCGUGUUCCCUUCCAAAUGGCCUCGCUGGACUCCCAGGCUUGGCUCACUGAGAUCGGUACCAGCCCGGAUGUGCAAUAUAAGUGGCUGUUCCUACAAGCUGAGGAAUGUGGAUUUACACCCAUUGUGGAAAGGUGAAAUUGAUGUUCCUGGGGGUUCUCGGCAGUCUCCAAUUAACAUUCGAAUUCGAGACAGUGUUUUCCAUCCUCAACUGGCACCUGUACAUACUCAGUAUGACCCAAAUACUUGUCUUCACAUCUGGAACAAUGGCUACUCCUUCUUUGUGGAAUUUGAUGACUCCACAGACAAAUCAAUUGUUAGUGGAGGACCUCUGGAAAACCCAUUUAGACUGAAGCAGUUUCAUUUCCAUUGGGGGAGAAACAAUGACUGGGGCUCAGAGCAUACUGUGGAUAGCAGAGUGUUCCCUGCAGAGCUUCACCUGGUGCACUGGAACUGUUCCAAAUAUCGGACAUUUGAGGAAGCAAUUAUGGAACCCAAUGGUUUAGCAGUUAUUGGCGUGUUCUUGAAGAUAGGGAAACAACACGAGAAACUGCAGAAGUUGGUGGACAUAUUACCAUCUGUCAGAUACAAGGAUGCGCUUACAGAAUUUAAUUACUUUGAUGCAUCUUGCCUUUUGCCAUCCUGCGUGGAUUACUGGACCUAUUCAGGAUCUUUAACUACUCCACCACUGACUGAAUCGGUGACUUGGAUUAUUAUGAAAAAACCCAUUGAAGUUGACCACAGUCAGCUGGCAGUUUUUCGCAGCCUUCUCUUCACUGCUGUAGGAGAGGAGGAAAAAUACAUGGUGGACAACUUCCGUCCUUUGCAGCCAAUCAUGAACCGCACCGUCCAUUCAUCUUUUGAGCCAGCUCUGCAAAUAUCUCACAAGAAGAAGUCUGAGGAACACAGGCAACAGGCUGGAUAAAUGAACACUGAGCUAUUUUGCUUUCUAAGAUUGGAAAUGUUACUGGGAAGAAGAGUAGAGUAAUCGUGUAGCAGCAGUUUGUGAAUUGAUGGAGUAACGCUUGUAUCGUAUAGCAAUACCCCUCUUGACCAUUCAUCUCUACUGAUCUUCCUUAGAACUGAAAAACUGAUUCUCCUCUGUCAGGGCACAACUUCCUUAACUAAAUGGUUUGUGUUUUGUUUUUUAUAAAUAAUUUUUUUUAGGUGUACUUUACUCACAAAACACAAUUUUUACAUAUUUGUAUAACUGAUAUAACCUACUGAACCUAAGUGCUCUUAAAAUGAAGCUGGGCAGCUUGGGAAGCAAUUCACUUUACAUAAUAUAAAACUAGCAAAUUGUCUUUUUGCCUUGCUUUAACUAUUUUUGGUUUAGCUUGAAUUCAUUCUUAGAGGUCCGUUUAAAGUAUUAUUUGAACCGAAAUUAGUAGGGUUUAGUUAGUGUUCACUGUAUACUUAACACUUGCUCUGCAAAAUUUGCCUGGAAUUUUUUUUUAUUUCAUUAAAGAUUAAGACUGUUCAAGCAGUAGUAAGCAGGGACCUCCGACUGACCCAAAAAUCAGAGUUUAUUUCAGGUCAUUGAAUUAAUGGUUCCCUUCUAGAGAUUAUAUAAAACCAGUUUGCAGAAAACUAUUUUGAUACAAUGACUCUGCUUGGUGUUACGAGAUGCCAUGGAUAUUUCUGAAAUUCCUUCAUGGUAAAAGGGGAUGUUUUUAAAUGUGUUUUUGAUUUAUUGAAACAUAGGAGUCUCUUCUUGGUGUGUCUGAGAUAUUAAAAUGAUUGCACUUUAUAUAGUGAAAAUGUAUACUUAUCAACACAUUUAUGGCAGCUUCCUCUUAAAUGUACAUGGUCAUUCAUUCUGCUAGAUCCUAAAAUUCUGAAAAUAUAGGUAAAGCAUAUUUUUAAUGUAAGUGUGAAUUCAGAUUUACUUUUGCAUAUGAAUAAAUGGGUUUAAACAGUUUAGUGUAUGUGGGAUGUAUAUUUAAAAGU